CUAGCUGAGCUGGCUAAGUUCCAAUUUUUACCCAGAUUGGUCCCUCGUAGUAUAAUUAACCCUAAAUCCCCAAAUUCUCAUACACCUCCCCUCUUCGUCUUGUUCACCUCUUCUUCUUCCUCUUCCAUACACUUGUUCCUGUUCAUGCACUCUCAUCCGGGGCUGCUACUGAUGUCGAUGAUUGGUGGAGGUAGCACUGGAGGUGGAAGCUCUGUUCGUUCCCCAUCUAGCUGGAAUCGGAGUAGAACGCAAACAAAGAGCAGAAGAUCGGCGCCGCCAGAAUGGUGCGGCUGUGGCUGUAGGCCAGUUCUCAGAUGGUCUGGCACAGAUUCGAAUCCGAACAAACCGUUCUAUGGAUGCCCCAAUUAUAAUACAAGUGGGAAGAGAUGGUGCGGGCUUUUUGUGUGGGCAGAUUCUGUGAAUGAGAAACAGGUUGAUAAAUCAGAAUCUUGUGGUGAUGAUUAUGAAGUGAAGAUGAACUUUGAUUGGAGGCUUCGGAGGUUGGAGGAGGAUGUCCAUAUGCAAAAAGUGAUUAUCCAGUUGUUAGUGUUAGCUGUGUUUGUACUGAUAGUGUUGUUGGUAAUCCUGUAUUGUAAAUGA